AUGUCCAUCGCCAAACUUUGUAGCGCACGCUCGCAGUGGUUCCCGCCAACUCCUAGUUUCACCGAAGUGAAUUUGCCCUCACAAAAGGGCAAAGUUUUUAUCGUGACUGGUGGAAAUGCCGGUGUUGGAUAUGAGCUCUGUAAAAUUCUGUAUACAACAGGUGCGAUCAUAUAUAUGGCAUCACGAUCAAAAGAAAAAGCCGAAUCUGCGAUUGAAUCGAUCAUAUCUCUCAAACCAGCCCCUAGCACCCCCGGGAACCUCAAGUUCCUUCACCUCGAUCUGAACGACCUUGAGUCUGUGAAACAAGCAGCCAAUAGCUUUGCUGAGCAAGAAUCAAAACUCGACGUUCUCUGGAACAAUGCAGGGACUGGUGCCAAUAUGGUUGAUCCAGGGGCAAAAACGGCCCAGGGCCUCGACGCCAUGAUGGGAAUGCAUUGCGUAGCAACAUUACUCUUCACUGAGCUCCUCGUCCCGCAACUCCGAGCAUCUAUCGAACCCGACAAUCCAGGGUCAACUCGGGUGGUUUGGACAUCCAGCUAUCUAGCCGAGGGUGCCUCGCCCAUCAACGGAAUUUCAUUCGAACAUCUCAAAGAUGGGAUUUCCGACCGAACUGCCAAUUAUGCCGCAUCAAAAGCAGGAACGUGGAUUCUGGGUGAUGAGUUUGCGAACAGACACGGGAAGGAAGGAAUUCUGAGUAUCAUCCAAAAUCCCGGUAACUUGAAGGCGGGCUCAUAUGCGGGUACGCCUGCGCUGGCGAUGUGGUUCAUCAACCCUUUGCUCCAUCCACCUAAAUUUGGCGCUUAUACCCAACUAUACGCUGGUUUAUCCCCUGAAGUCUCUUUGGAUAAUAACGGUGCAUAUGUUAUUCCCUGGGGAAGAAUUCGACCAAAUAACGAUUGCCCCGACAAGAUAUCGUAA